UCUAGAUUCUCCAGAAUCUCAACUCUCAAAUCCUCAAUGGCUCUUCCUCAGCUCAUUCCCUCCCCUUCUUCUUCUUCCUCCCUCCACCAUAAACCCUCCUUCAAUCCCAAUUUACUCCCCUACCCCUUAAACCCUAACCCUAAUUUCCUAUCUACUCCUCUCCUCCGCCGCCAGCGACACCGCUCAUCCUCCCUCAAAUGCUCCGCCUCCUCCUUCUCCGAGCGCCACCACACCAACUCCAAGUCCGACGACGUCGUCGAGCUGCCUCUGUUUCCGUUGCCGCUCGUCCUCUUCCCCGGCGCGAUUCUCCCGCUCCAGAUCUUCGAGUUCCGCUACCGGAUGAUGAUGCACUCGCUCCUCCAGACCGAUCUCCGAUUCGGCGUCAUCUACAGCGACGCCGUCUCCGGCACCGCCGACGUCGGCUGCGUCGGCGAGGUUGUGAAGCACGAGCGGCUCGUCGACGACCGGUUCUUCCUGAUUUGCAAAGGUCAGGAGCGGUUUAGGGUUACGGACCUGGUUCGGACCAAGCCUUACCUGGUGGCGGAGGUCCAGUGGCUGGAGGACCGGCCGUCCGGCGACGGCGAGGAGGACCUGGACGCGUUGGCGACGGAGGUGGAGUCCUACAUGAAGGACGUGAUUCGGCUCUCGAACCGGCUCGGCGGCAAGCCGGAGAAGGAGGUGCAGGACCUGCGGCGGAACCUGUUUCCGACGCCGUUCUCGUUCUUCGUCGGAAGCACUUUCGAAGGCGCGCCGAGGGAGCAGCAGGCGUUGCUGGAGCUGGUGGACACGACGGCGCGGCUGAAGAGGGAGAAGGAGACGCUGAGGAACACGCUCAAUUACUUGACGGCGGCCUCCGCCGUGAAAGACGUUUUUCCGUCGUCAUCGUCUUCGUGAUCGGAUUUACUUCCGGUGUGAUAUUAUUGCGGCUGUAAUUGAGGUAUCAAACUAUCAAUGAUCAAAAGCCCAAUUUUUACACCACAAAUUUCAGUAACUAUUCCAUAAAGGAUAUGGAAGUAAAGCAAACUCUUGUGUAAAAUUUUUCAAUUUUGCUCUAGAUUUUUAGAAUGAUAUUAGAUGUUUGGCUC